AUUCAAAAUGGCGGACGGAGGAGCAGCGAGUCAAGAUGAGAGUUCAGCCGCGGCGGCAGCAGCAGCAGACUGGAAAAGUAAGAAGAGCUUUCCUGCCUUUUUAAUUACCAAACUACUCUCAGUUUUCAAUGAAUCAGUUCAAAGAAAGAAUGCAGUCUUUCUAUACCUGACUCAAGAAUGAACAAUCCGUCAGAACCCAGUAAACCAUCUAUGGAGAGUGGAGAUGGCAACACGGGCACACAAACCAAUGGUCUGGACUUUCAGAAGCAGCCUGUGCCUGUCGGAGGAGCAAUCUCAACAGCCCAGGCCCAAGCUUUCCUUGGACAUCUCCACCAGGUCCAGCUCGCUGGAACAAGUUUACAGGCCGCUGCUCAGUCUUUAAAUGUACAGUCUAAAUCUAAUGAAGAAUCGGGGGAUUCCCAGCAGCCAAGUCAGCCUUCCCAGCAGCCUUCAGUGCAGGCAGCCAUUCCCCAGACCCAGCUCAUGCUGGCUGGAGGACAGAUAACCGGGCUGACUUUGACGCCAGCCCAGCAGCAGCUGUUACUCCAGCAGGCACAGGCACAGGCACAGCUGCUGGCUGCUGCGGUGCAGCAACAUUCCGCCAGCCAGCAGCACAGCGCUGCCGGGGCCACCAUCUCAGCCUCCGCCGCCACGCCCAUGACGCAGAUCCCCCUGUCUCAGCCCAUACAGAUCGCACAGGAUCUUCAACAGCUGCAACAGCUUCAACAGCAGAAUCUCAACCUGCAACAGUUCGUGUUGGUGCAUCCAACUACCAACCUGCAGCCAGCACAGUUUAUCAUCUCACAGACGCCCCAGGGCCAACAGGGUCUCCUGCAAGCGCAAAAUCUUUUAACACAACUACCUCAGCAAAGCCAAGCCAACCUCCUACAGUCGCAGCCAAGCAUCACCCUCACCUCCCAGCCAGCAACCCCAACACGCACAAUAGCAGCAACCCCAAUUCAGACGCUUCCACAGAGCCAGUCAACACCAAAGCGAAUUGAUACUCCCAGCUUGGAGGAGCCCAGUGACCUUGAGGAGCUUGAGCAGUUUGCCAAGACCUUCAAACAAAGACGAAUCAAACUUGGAUUUACUCAGGGUGAUGUUGGGCUUGCUAUGGGGAAACUGUAUGGAAAUGACUUCAGCCAAACUACCAUCUCUCGCUUUGAAGCCUUGAACCUCAGCUUUAAGAACAUGUGCAAGUUAAAGCCACUUUUAGAGAAGUGGCUAAAUGAUGCAGAGAACCUCUCAUCUGAUUCGGCCCUCUCCAGCCCAAGUGCCCUGAAUUCUCCAGGAAUUGAGGGCUUGAACCGUAGGAGGAAGAAACGCACCAGCAUAGAGACCAACAUUCGUGUGGCCUUAGAGAAGAGUUUCUUGGAGAAUCAAAAGCCUACCUCGGAAGAGAUCACUAUGAUUGCUGAUCAGCUCAAUAUGGAAAAGGAGGUGAUUCGUGUUUGGUUUUGUAACCGCCGCCAGAAGGAAAAAAGAAUAAACCCACCAAGCAGUGGUGGGACCAGCAGCUCACCUAUCAAAGCAAUUUUCCCCAGCCCAACCUCGUUGGUGGCAACCACGCCAAGCCUUGUGACGAGCAGCGCAGCAACUACCCUCACGGUCAGCCCUGUCCUCCCUCUGACCAGUGCUGCCGUGACUAAUCUCCCAGUUACAGGCACUACAGACACCACCUCCAACAACACGGCAACCGUGAUUUCCACAGCACCUCCGGCUUCCUCAGCAGUCACAUCCCCCUCUCUGAGUCCCUCCCCUUCCGCCUCAGCCUCCACCUCCGAGGCAUCCAGUGCCAGUGAGACCAGCACAACACAGACCACCUCCACUCCUUUGUCCUCCCCUCUUGGGACCAGCCAGGUGAUGGUGACAGCAUCAAGCUUGCAAACAGCAGCAGCUGCCGCCCUCCAAGGAGCUGCACAGUUGCCAGCAAAUGCCAGUCUCGCUGCCAUGGCUGCUGCUGCAGGACUAAACCCAGGCCUGAUGGCACCCUCGCAGUUUGCGGCUGGAGGUGCCUUACUCAGUCUCAAUCCAGGGACCCUGGGCGGUGCUCUCAGCCCAGCUCUGAUGAGCAACAGUACACUGGCAACUAUUCAAGCUCUUGCUUCUGGUGGCUCUCUUCCAAUAACGUCACUGGAUGCAACUGGGAACCUGGUAUUUGCCAAUGCAGGAGGAGCCCCCAACAUCGUGACUGCCCCUCUGUUCCUGAACCCUCAGAACCUCUCUCUGCUCACCAGCAACCCGGUUAGCUUGGUCUCUGCUGCCGCAGCCUCUGCAGGGAACUCUGCACCUGUAGCCAGCCUUCACGCCACCUCCACCUCAGCUGAGUCCAUCCAGAACUCUCUCUUCACAGUGGCCUCUGCCAGCGGGGCUGCGUCCACCACCACCACCGCCUCCAAGGCACAGUGAGCUGGGCAGAGCUGGGCUGCCAGGAGCCUUUUUCACUCUGCAGUGUGAUUGGGCUGCCAGCCAGGUUAAUAAACUGAAAAAUGUGAUUGGCUUCCUCUCGCCAUGUUGUGAGGGCAAAGGAGAGAAGGGAGAGAAGGAAAACACAUACCAGAAAAAAAGAAAGGAUGGAGAUGGGACAACAUUUGCCUAAUUUUUUAAUAAAACACUGUCUUUUCAGGAUUGCUUCAUGGAUUGGAGAACUUUCUAACCAAAAAUU